AUGGCGUCGUGUACCCUGCACACGCUUCUCGGGGCCUGCGGCCUCCCGCAGCACUACGCGAAGCUCCACGCCGAGGAGGUGGACGUCGACUUGCUGCGCGACGACAUCCUGACCUUGGACGACCUCGCCGGCCUGAUCCCGCGCGCCGACGCCGAGAAGAUCCUCGGGGCGGCGCGCGGCGGCGCGGCGCAGCCCCGCGCGGCGGACGGGCCGCCGCGGGACGCCGCGGCCGACGCGGCGCCGCGGGACGCCGCGGCGGACGGGCCGCCGGACUCCUGGGAAGACCUGAUCCCGCGCGCCGACGCCGAGAAGGUCCUCGCGACGGCGCGCGGCGCCGCCGAGGACGACGAGCCGCCGGACAGCUUCGUCUGCCCCAUCUCCUACGAGGUCAUGCGCGACCCCGUCACGGCCGCGGACGGCACGACCUACGACCGCGCGUUCAUCGCGGCUUGGCUGUCGAAGCACGACACGAGCCCCGCGACGAACCUCGUCCUCGAGUCCAAGAUCCUCGUGCCCGACGACGCGCUCCGCGCCGCGAUCCGCGCGGACCCGCGCUACGCGGCCCUCGCGCCGUCCCGGCCGCCGGGCGCGCCGCCGCCGCCGCCGCCGCGCCCGGAAGCGCGGGUCGCGCCGCGCGCCGCGCCGCCGCGCGUCGAGGCGCCGCCGCGCGCCGCGCCGCCGGCGCCGCGCCGCGACGCGCCGGCGCCGCGCCUCGACCGCCGCGCGGGCAUGGUGAAAUCUUUCGACAAGGUCUACGGCUUCAUCGCCGAGGACGCCGGCGGCGAGAUGUUCGUCCACAUCGCGGACGUCCGCGGCCGCCGCGAGCUCAAGCGCGGCGACCGCGUGACCUACAGCGUGGCGCCCUUCCGCGGCCGCCCCAAGGCCGUGAACGUCGAGGUCGCGCCGGCCGCCGAACCGCGCCGCGCCGCGCCGCCGCGGAGCCCCGUCAAGCCCGGCGCUCGCGAGGCGGGCUCCGUCGUCUCCUUCAACGCCUCCUUCGGCUUCAUCAAGCCCGUCGACGGGGGCCCGGUCGUCUUCUUCCACCGCGACGACCUGCGCGACGACCUCCACGCGCGCGGCCUCGAGCCCGACGACUUCGUCUCCUUCCGCUGGGGCGUCGACCACCGGCCCGCGGACCGCGUCGGCGCGUCGCUGAUGGAGAGCUUCGCGCCCGAGCAAUCGGUGAGCGCCAUGGCGUCGAAGCCGACCCACACGAAGACGCAGCACCGGCCCGCGGACCGCGUCGGCGCGUCGCUGCCGCCGCGCGUCUCCGGCGAGGCGCUGGGCGAGGUCGAGGUCGCCGUGUCCGAGUGCCGCGGCGCCGAGGCCCUGUCGCUGGUGCUGCGCUGGUGGGGCGAGGGCGACGCGCCGCAGGCGGGCGUCGUCUUCGAGGCGAGCCGGAAGAACCCGCGGCGCGGCGAGAACUCGUGCCUCUUCCCCGUGCGCGUCGACGAGCACGGCCUCGGCCGGUACCUCCGCGACGCGCGGCUCUUGCGCUUCGACGUCGUCGCGCACGGCCGCGUCGUCGGCGCGCUCAAGGUGCCCCUCACGAAGGCGCCCCUGGGCCGCGUGCCCGGCGACGGCGAGCUGGGCCUCGUCGACGCGCGCUUCUCCGCCGUGUCGAACCCGCCGAAGACGACGAGCCAUUCGGCGGCGCCGCGCAAGGUGCUCGGCUCCGCGCGCGUGCGCCUCGUCGUCCGCAUGCGGUCCAAGAGCCGCGUGCGGUCGGCGCUGAAGCCCCGGGGCGCCCUCGUGGGCUCCUUCGACGGGCCCGCGGCCGCGGCCGCGGGGCCGCCGCGCGAAACCGCCGCGAGGAAGCCCGCCGCGCUCGCGUCGACGAUCCCCAAGGUCGGCCUCAAGUCCAAGUUCUACAAGGACCCGGAGGCGACGGGCGUCGCCCUGCCCGUCGGCACGGCGGGCACGCUCGGCGCCGCGAAGCGCCGGAAAAAGCCGCCGCUCGCCGCGACGUACCGACAGCCAAAACCGACGGCGAACCCCUGGGGCCCCGGGUCGGACGACGACGACGAGCCGGACGCGGCGGCGGCGACGGCGGAAGUCGCGCCGCCCGUCGAUGAAGUGGAGCGCUUCGUCGAGGGCGACAUGACCGCGCCGCCGCCGCGCGAGGCGGCCGAGGACGACGCGCACGCGCGGUGGACCGUCGAGGACGACGCGGCGGAGGAGCGCGAGGAGGCCGUGCUCGAGGGCCUGCUGCGCCGCGGCGAGGCGCUGCGGGAGCAGAUCGCGCGCGCGGAGUACUCGACGCCGUCGCGCGGCGACGACGCGGUCGCGGCGUUCGUGGACGCGGAACUGGACGCGGCGACGCGGCCGCCGCCGACGAGACCGCCGCCGCCCGAGAGCGAGUCGGAGCUUUCGGACGACGAGGACCGCGACGAGGGCCGGGCCUUCGCCACGGCGCCGGCGACGCGCGCGACGGGGGGCAUGGUCGCGCUGCAAAGACGGGCCGCGAGCCUCGCUUCCGAGCUCGACGACACGGCGCUGCUCGCGCACGCGGACGACGACAUCGUCGAGCAGCUGCUCCAGGACCCGGACCUGAACCCGCGGGAGGCGCGCGCCGCCGACGAGGCGCCGGCGCCGGCCGCGCCGCCGCCGCCGGCCCGGCGCGAGCCCGAGGCGCCCGUCGCCGCCGCGGCCGCCGCGCCGGCGCCGCCGGACCCGCGCGCGCUGCGCUGCUUGCUGCGCGUCCGGGGCCUGCGCCUGGACCGGGGCACGGCGGCGACCUGCGGCCGGGCGCGCGUCGCGCACCGCUGGUCGCUGCCGAACGCGCCGGAGCGGCCGCCGCGGCGCGACGGCAAGUUCGGGUCGCGGCCCGCCGACGGCGCCCGCGGCGCCUACGCGCUGGGCCCCUACGACUGCGCGGCGCCCUUCGCCGUCGACGACGCCUUCCGCGUCGGCCGCGCCGUCCAGGUCGUCGAGGUCUGGGCCGAGGCGCCCGACGGCGCGUCGGAGCGGUUGAUCGGCCUGGCGAAGCUCCGGGGGGAAGAGCUCGCGGCCGCGCUGGACCGCGAGCGGCGCCGCGUGGUCCGCGCCCAGCGCCUCUUCGACGUCGCCGCGGGCGCCGACGCGCGCCUCGACGAGUGGCUCCUCGACGGCGGCCGCGCGGUCGUCGCGGACUUUACCGCGGCGUUGGUCGACCCGCUGUCGCAGCUGCGCCGCGGCGCCGUCGACGCGACGCUGGCGCUGGGCACGCCGAGCCAGCUCGCGGCCCUCGAGGACGCGCGGGCCUUCGACAAGGCGGCGAAGAUCCAGUCCCUGCUGCGCGCGCGCGCCGCGCGGCGCCGGCCGGCGCCGCCGCCGCCGCCGCCGCCGGCGCCGCCCGCCGCGCCCGCGGGCGCGCCCCUCGCGGCCUUCGUCGACGCGCUCGACGACGCGGGGCUCCUCGACGACGACGUCUCGGCGCUGUCCAACUACGACGGCGCGGCGCCCGACGACGGCGCCAUCGCUUACGAGGACCCCGCGGACGUCGCCUUCGGCGCCGCGGCGGUGCGCCACGUGCUCGAGGUCGCCGCCGUCGGGCCCUGCCGCCUGCCCGGCGCGCGCGGCGGCGCCACCGUGUCCUACGCCGUCCUCGGCGGCGAGCCCGCGAGCCUCUGGUGGGACGGCGACAGCCCGCGGCUCAACUCGCGCAGCCGCCACGACUUCGAGACGACGUCCUCCGCCGCCGCGCCCGCGGCCGCGGCGGCGCUGCUCCGGGGCCGCGGCGGCGUCGCGUUCACGGUGGCGCCCGACGGCGGCGGCGCGGCCUUCGAGGCCGUGCUCGCGGUCCGCGACGUGAAGCGGCUUGUCGCGGCGGCCGCCGCGCGCGAAGUCGUGAGAAUACCGCUCGCGGACGCGUCCGGCCUCCGCGGCGGCGACCUCGCGCUGGCCGUCGCCUACCGCCGCGAGCCCGCGGGGGUGCUGCGGACCCGCGCGCGGCGCGCGGCGCCGCCCGCGGAGCGGCUCGCGGUGAGGAUCGGCGAGCUGCGGGGCCUGGGGGGCGUGCUCCGCGCGUGGCGCGCGCAGGGCGCGGGCUCCGGCACGUUCCCCCUGGCCGAGCGGCCCGAGCGGGGCGUGUCCUUCGUCGCCGAGGUCGAGGCCGUGCUCGUCUUCGGCGACGGGGGCGCGCUCGAGUUCCGGUCGAAGCCCUUCGCGUUCGUGGCGGAGGACCGCCACGACGACGCGCCCGGGGACCUCGUCGACGAGGUCGUGGCCCUCCGCGCGGGCCGCACCCCCGUGCGGCUCGACGUCGUGCUGCGGCUCCUGGACGUGCGCGUGGGCGACGCGGGCACCGCGGCCGUCGACGGGCCGCUCGGCGUGCCGCUGGCGCGGUGCUCCGCGCCGCUCGCCGUCGACGAGCGCGACGUCGGCGGCUGGCUCGCGCUCAAGCCCGACGUCGACGACGCGGCCGGCGACGACGUCUUCUCCGUGACCAACGGGGCCGUGCACGUGACCUGCGCGCUCGCGUCCGCCGCCGCGGCGGUUCCGCCGCCGAGGCGGCCCGCGACGCGCGACGCCGCGACGGCCGUCGCCGAGUCCCUGGAGCUGCCGCCGGCGGGCGACGCGCGGCCCCUCCUCCGCGCCGCCGCCGCCGCGCCGCCGCCGGCGCCGCCGCGGUCCGUCGCCGCGGCCGCGCCGCGCGGAGGACUGGCGCUCCUCACGGUCGUCGUCGACGCCGCGGAGCGGCUGUCCGUGCCGCCCUUCCGGCCCGAGACGCCGACGGAGGACUGGCGCUGGUCCGUGUCCUGGCGGUCUUUAGACGGGCGCCACGCCGGCGACACGGCGCCGGCCGCCGGGGCGCUCCGGCCCGACGGUUUGUUCGCCGUGGCGUGGGCCGCGGAGUUCGCCGCGGAGCUGCCCGUCGCCGCGCUCCGCGACGGCGCGCUGGCCUUCGACGUGCUCGUGCGCGCGAAGCACGCGCCGAACGCCGCGAAGCUCGGGUCCGUGACCGUGGAUCUGGGGCUGCUCGCGUGCGGCAUGACGCGGCUCGACGGCAGCUACCAGUUGUCCGACGACUUCCGGCGCGACCGCGGCGCGCUGCGCCUGAAGAUCGGCGCGGCCGCCGGCGCCCCGGAGAUCGCGGGCGCGCGGUUCGUCGCCGCGCCGCGCGCGGCGCCCGUCGUCGCGGCCGCGCGGCCGGACCCGCCGCGGCUGGCGGCGCCCGGUCCCUGCGUCGCCGAGGUCGAGGACGCGGUCGUCUUCGUGCCGGCGCCCGAGGGGCCCGAGAGCCCGGGCCGCCGGCGCGAGGGUGUUCGCGCGGACCACCUCGAGGCGCGCGCGCGCGCGCUCGACGCGGGCGGCGUGUCGUUGGCGGACCUCGCGGGCGUCGUCGCGGGGUUGGACGCCGUCGGCGCGCACCUCCGCCGGCUCGGGGGCGACGCGCCGCCGGCGGCGCCCCGCGGGCCGCCGCCGCCCGUCGUGUCCCUGGCGGACCUCGCGCCGCCGCCGCGGCGCCGGCCGCCGUUCUCGCCCGUCGGCGCGCGGGAAGGCGCGGCCGCCCCGCCCGUCGGCGCGGGGAGCGCCGCCGCGGACGCCGAGGACGCGGCCGCGACGGCCUGGGCCGCGGCGUCCGACGCCGCCCGGGCCGCCGCCGACGCGGCGGCGUCCGCCGCCGCGCGCGACGCCGCCGCGGAGCUCCGGCGGGACGCGGAGCGCCUCGCGGACGAGCUGCGCCACGACAGGGACCGCGCGGCCGAGCGGCUCGCCGCGGAGCGCGCGGCGUCCGCCGCGGCGCAGGCCGCGGCCGCGCGCGAGGCGCGGGCCCUCGUCGAGGCCGAGCGCGCGGCGCUCCGGCGCGAGCUCGACGAGGCCCGGGCCGCCGCGGCCGCGCGCGACGCGGACCGCGACCGCGCGGCCGCGGCCGCCGCCGCGGACGCGGCCGCGCGCCACCUCGGCGCCCUCGCCGCCGACGCCGCGGAGCACGCCGCGGCGGCCGCCGCCGCGGACCGCGACCGCGCGCUGCGCGACGCCGAGGACGCGGCCCUCAAAGCCGCGGCGGAGCUCCGCGCCGCGGCGGCCGCGGUGCCCGAGCCCGCGGGCCGCCCGAGCGACGCCGCCGAGGGCCUCCCCAGCGGCCUCCCGAGCCUCGCCGCGCGGCCCGCCGCGACGGGCCUCCGCGCGUCGACGUCGUCCUCGGACGCCGUCUCGACGUCCGACGCGUCCGGCCGGACCGCGCCGCGCCGCGCGGCCUUCGCGACCGCGGAGACGGAGCGCAUCGCGCGCAUCAUGCGGGGGGGCUGGGCCGCCCCCGGGUAA